GAUUCAAGGAGGGAGCCAGGUAAACUGUAUCAGAAAAAGGAGUCAUGAGUACCUGAGAUAGUAUAUAAGAUGAGAGAUACCUGUUGAUGAGACUCAUUCGGCUUCUUAAAGUGAAAACACCAGCAUCAAGUCAAUCGUUUGGUUAUAAUCAUAUUUUAGGAAUUAUGCAAUUUUCAGCUCUUGUGCUCAUUUUGGGCACCCUUUCUAUUAAGGGUUCCUUGGGAAAUGAUUGGGGAUGGGAACCACCGAUAGUCAAAGUUAUCCACAAAGUUGUCCAUAUCCCAAAACACGUUCCAAUUCCAAAAAUCAUCACAGUUCCAAAAAUUGUUCCAUACCCAAAGACCAUCGCCGUUCCACAUCCAGUUCAUAUUCCAGUAAAAGUACCAGUCUACAAGACCAUUAAGAAGGUUAUCCCAGUGGCUAAACACAUUCCAGUGCCCAAGCCAGUGCCAAUCGCCAAGCCUUACCCAGUUGGAGUUCCAGUUCCAGUUAUUAAACAUCAUCCAGUCCCAGUCUUCAAGCCAGUAGCCGUCGCUAAGAUUGUCCAUGUCCCAUACCCAGUUAAGGUUCCCAAACCUCACCCAUACCCAGUCCACAAGAUCAUCCAUGUUCCCAAACCAUACUUGGUUCCAGUUAAGGUUCCAGUCUACAAGGAAGUGAUCGUCAAGAAGCCAGUUCAAAUCCCAGUUCCAGUUUACAUUAAGAAAAAGCCAGUUUACCACCCACCCUCAUACGAGGCAUGGAAGGCCGCUGCCAGUCAACAACACGAGCAAAAGGUUGCCCCCAACACCCCAAUCAAACCUGAACAAAGCAAGAACUAGAUGAUCACUUCAUCCUCAUCCAAGUUCAUCAUCAUCAACACACAAACACACAAACACACAACACAACACAACACAACACACUCCAUCUCUCGCCAUCAUCGAUGCAUCCUUCAUCUUCACCCCCUUUUUUUAACUUCAUGCAACACCAACCAUCAUCAACACCAACAACAACACUUUCAUCAUCAUAAAUAUACAUAAAAACAUCAUCAUCAACAAACCAUCAAAGAAACAUAAAAAAAUCUUGUAGUAAAAACAUCAACAAAUAAAUUGAUUCAGAUGAUAAAAGAAAGAGAUGAAAAGAAAUCAGAAUUGAUUGGAAUGCAAUUAACUGGACUCAUCACCAUCUCCAUCAUCAUCAUCAUCAUCAACAACCAUGGUGACCAAUACUCUUUUUCCUCGAUUCUCUCACCUUUCAUCAUCAACAGAUCAAAAUGCUUUAUAAGAUCAAACAUGAAAAUCUACUAAUUAUCAAUUUUUUUGUUCCAAUUAUUAUCAAGAAAACCGAUUGAGUCCAAGCUCAAAAAAUAUGAUUUCUUUUUCUUCUGAAAAGAGAACAGAAUUUUUAUAUUUUCAAAACUUUCUCCAUGCAUUCCCUUAAUUCUUGAUAAUAAUUAACACUAAUUAGUAAUUAGUAAUUAAUAGAAACACAAGAGACAAUAUGCCAAUAACAAUAACUUCAAAUUCAUCAUCCGCUGUAAAUGUACAGAGAUUUGAAAGAGAAACGAGAAGAAAAUGAUAAGAGAAGAGAGAAAAGAAGAUGAUGAAGAUAUGCAAAUGAGAAGAAGAAGAGAAAGAAAGAAAAAUGAGAUGAGAAUGAAAGAGAAUGUAUAAAGAUGGAAGAUAAAAUGAUCGAUAGAAUUUUUCUAUUCUCUUUUUACCUGAAUUCUUUUAUCACUUCUCACCUUUACUCUCAUUUUUAAUUUUUUUUUCUUUUUUCUUCAAACUUUUCCAAUUCUCUCUCAUCACUAAUCUUAAUCUGAUUCUCCCUUUUUAAUCCUAUCAAUUUCUGAUAAUCUGUUAAUCAACAACUCAAAUCAUCAUCAUUAUCAAUUGCAAAGGUUAAUUGAUUUGCCAUAAAAAAAUUAAGAAUAACAAUUAAACAUGGACAGUAAAAAAAGAUCACUUUUUUUCCUCAUUGACCAUUGCCAAUUGGUCAGCUAAUUAGCGGAUCAUUGAGCAAUUAAUUGUUGACCUGUUCAAUUAACAAAUACAGUCUAAUGAUGAAGGUUAAAGAUUUGUUGACUAAUUAGAUUUGCAAUUGUAAAAGUAAAUUGUAAUUUUUAAUUAUGCAAACAAACACCAAUCGAUUAAUCUGAUUACCUCCCAACUGACCAUCAAAUUGAAAGCAACAAGGGAAUGUCCAGUUAAUCAAGACAACGACGACGAUUUCGAGCAAGGCAAAACAAACGAAACAAAAGCUAAAAUCCCAAUCACCUUUGACCUCUUCCCCACCCACUUCCACUUCCUCCUCCUUAGUGAACUUUUUUGUUUUUAUAUUAACAUAUUGAGUAGAUUGUAAAAAUAUAUCUGCAAACAUCAUUAAAAAUAUUACACUUUCCA